GUGGGCUUCGGCGGUAAUUCGACCGUCUGGCUGGCUCGAAAUCUUAUGCGUUUCAAGCAGAGCACGGCACGAAUUGGAACUCUCUCGUCACAUUGCCGCCGCAAAACCUGGACAUCCCGGCCUCGAAUAUGUCAGACUGGUCCAAGAUUCCUUUGAAAUCCUGGGUCCUAGUGGGCCACAUCUGUGUCUCGUUUACAAACCCAUGAGGGAACCUCUUUGGCUACUCCAGCGUCGCAUGCCUGGCGGCGUUUUUCCAAUGAAGCUUUUGGGAUUUGUGCUCAAGUUCCUUCUCACCGGAUUGUCCUACCUGCAUAACGAGUGCAAUGUUAUACAUACAGAUUUGAAACCCGAGAACGUACUCGUCGGCCUCGAGAAGACACUGUCGUUGGAGGACGUUGUGGCUGACGAGAUAAAUUCGCCGUCGCCUCGCAAAAUUCUUCCUGACCGUACUAUCUACCUGUCUCGGAAUGAUUUCGGCCGCCCCAAGUUGUCGCCUGGUCGACCAAAGAUAGCCGACUUUGACGCUGCGGUUCGAGUGACUGGCUCUCAGAAGACAUUCACUCAUCCCAUCCAACCCAACUGUUAUCGCGCACCGGAAGCAAUACUAGGCGCCCCUUGGUCAUACCCUGUAGACAUAUGGAACCUUGGCACAAUGCUUUGGGACCUCGUGGAAGGAAGGGCUCUUUUUGAUGGUGCCGACUCCACUCACAGGGGAGAGUACACCAGCCAUGCACAUCUUGCGCAGCUCAUUGGUUUACUGGGCCCCCCUCCGAAAGAGCUCUUGGCACGAGGUAACCAAACUGGCAUUCACUUCGCCGCUGACGGCGAGUUCCUGGCACUAUGCAGUGUUCCAUAUCGUACCCUAGCAGACACGGUGACAAAAAUUGAUGGUGAAGAGAAAGAGCAAUUUCUUCACUUCGUCAAUCGCAUGCUUCAAUGGCUCCCGGAGAGACGAGCGACUGCGCAGGAGCUGUUGGAUGACCCAUGGAUGCGUAGCCUUCCCAUCUAA